AAGCCAAUUUCCGAUGUCCCAGUAACCAUUCUGGUGAAAAUGAGCUCGUAGCAUUUUUAUUACAUUACGGAAUUGCAGAUUUUUACCUGUUUCGAUAUAAUUAUGUUUGGCCUGUGAUUUUACCGGUUGAAACCGGAGGUGGUGCGGGUAUAUAGGCUAGUGAAGCAUACAUACGUUACUUGCUUCAGCCUCACAAUCUUGUACACAUCUGUUCAGUCCGACAUGAAAAGAAACGGCGCGUACAGGUUUCUGUCUGUUUUCUCAUGCUUUAUCGUUUGUGUGUUCUUAUUUUUAUUUUGGUUCUUCAUAUUUUACUCGAUGGUGCUUGCGCCUUAAAACAAGAGACACAUCUAUACACCGGCUAACCGAGGCUAACCUGACGAGCUACUUACCCACACUGCACUGCUUUAUUGACAAGUCGCCGCUUAUCACAUGACCAGCUUUACCAGGAAGUAAGGAUUUCUGCUAGUAGAACUUGGCCGUGCAUCCUGUUAGUGAAGUUGUGAUGGCAUCUGACACCAGUGGAGCAGCGUCCUCCGCUGCAGACCUCAAGCUGCAGUUUGCUCCCUUCAGCAGUGCUCUGGAGGCAGGUUUCUGGCACCAGCUUACUCAGAAGAAACUCGACGACUAUAGAUUGGACGAGAGCCCCAAAUGCAUCAAAGGAUACUACUACAAUGGUGACCCAGUUGGUUUGCCCACACGCCUGACUUUGGAGUUCAGUGCAUUUGAUGUGGAUGGUCCAACCCCAGCUCGUUGCUGUCCAGCUAUUGGAACGCUGUAUAACACCAACACACUUGAUGCGUUCAAGACCGCUGAUAAGAAGGCUCUGCUGGAGAAAGAGGCCAAGGAGAUAUGGGAUGCCAUACAGUCUGGGGCUGCGUUGAAGGACCCAUCCAUCCUCUGUAGAUUCAUUCUGCUGACCUUUGCAGAUCUGAAGAAGUACCAUUUUUAUUAUUGGUUCUGCUUCCCUGCACUCUGCUUCCCAGAGGGGAUAAAGAUUGUCCAGCAGCCGUCUGUCCUAGAGCAAGUUUUCUCAGCAAAACAGAUUGCAGCUUUGCAGGAGGCUUAUGAUGGACUGUGCCUCAGAAGAGAGACCAGUGCAGUUCCUUACUUCCUAAUGAAGUACACUGAUGACACUGUUCAGUUGGCUCCACUCGGGGACUGGGAUACAUUCUUCACUGAUACUAAGAAGGUUACUGUGGGUGUGUAUGAUCCAUGUACUCUGUCUCAACAUCCGGGCUGGCCUCUGAGAAAUCUACUGGUCUUCUUAGCCAACCGAUGGGGCUCUAAGCUAGACACAGUGGAGGUGCUGUGUUUUAGGGACAGAACUCUGCAGGGAAGCCGCUCCAUUCAGCACAGUGUCGUCUUCCAGGUCAAACUACCCGAUCUUCCCGACAACUCAGUGUGUCCUAAGAGUGUAGGUUGGGAGAAGAACCCUAAGGGGGCCAUGGGACCCAGGAUGGUCAACCUCAGUGAAUGCAUGGACCCUAAAAGGCUUGCAGAGUCAUCAGUGGAUCUGAACCUGAAGCUAAUGAGAUGGAGGCUGGUUCCAACCCUGGACCUGGACAAGGUGGUCAACACAAAGUGUCUUCUACUGGGAGCUGGGACUCUGGGCUGCAAUGUAGCCAGGACUCUGAUGGGAUGGGGAGUGAGACACAUCACAUUUGUAGACAAUGCCAAGAUCUCAUACUCCAAUCCAGUGCGGCAGCCACUCUAUGAGUUUGAGGACUGUCUCGGAGGAGGGAAGUCCAAAGCCAUGGCAGCUGUUGACCGACUCACCAAAAUCUUUCCUGGCGUAAAUUCAGAGGGUUACAAUAUGAGCAUCCCCAUGCCUGGCCACCCAGUGAAUUUCUCUCAGGCCACUCUGUCCCAGGCGCAGAGGGAUGUGGAGCAGCUGGAGAAACUAAUUUCAGAGCAUGAUGUGGUUUUCUUACUAAUGGAUACGAGGGAGAGCCGCUGGCUGCCUACUGUGAUAGCUGCCAACAAAAGGAAGCUAGUGGUCAACGCCGCUUUAGGCUUUGACACAUUUGUUGUGAUGCGCCACGGCCUGAAGAAACCCCCCGUCAGUCCGAAAGUUUCUGCAGGGGCAGACUCUUCCCCUUCCUGUUCCUCUGCCUCUUCUUCAUCCUCCACACCAGCCGGCUCUGUGCCCUCCAUCCCAGGAUCCUCUCUGUUCUCCAACAUCCCAGGGCACAAGCUGGGCUGCUACUUCUGCAAUGAUGUUGUGGCACCGGGAGAUUCUACCAGGGAUCGGACGCUGGAUCAGCAGUGCACAGUCAGCAGACCAGGCCUCGCCAUGAUUGCUGGAGCCCUGGCUGUUGAGAUGAUGGUGUCCAUUCUGCAGCACAGUGAAGGAGGUUAUGCAGUGGCCAGCAGCAGUGAUGACCGAAUGAAUGAACCUCCCACUUCUCUGGGUCUAGUGCCACAUCAGAUCCGAGGCUUUCUGUCGAGGUUCGACAAUGUCCUGCCUGCCAGCCUGGCCUUUGACAAAUGCACUGCCUGCUCACCCAUUGUCCUGGAUCACUAUGAGAGGGAAGGUUUCCACUUCCUGUCCAAGGUUUUUAAUUCUUCCCACUCUUUCCUGGAAGACCUGACAGGGCUGACAUUGUUACACCAGGAGACACAGGCAGCAGAGAUUUGGGAUAUGAGCGAUGAUGAGAGCAUCUGAAGGACCGGAUGUACAAACCCCGAGCCACCAAAGGACAGGAGACUCCAAUCCAUGUUUCUGUCUGUUUCUUCUGAAUAGAUCUUACAUUUACAAAGGACAGGGGGAGUGAAUGGCUCAGCGAGGGUUUUGUGGACAACACUGGACACAAUCACAAAAUUCACAUCAUCAAAGCCAAGUACAGCACAAAAGCUGCUUCAGAAAAGUUGCUGAAAAGCUUUAAAUUUCCUAUUAGUCUUCAUUUGGAUUCUAAUUCAGCCCAAGGCUUGGAGCUUAAGUGAGGUGUAACAAUUUGGUUGAUAAACAGCGAUAGAAUCUGAUUGAGUCAAUGUCUGUUUUCCAGUGUGACAUUAGAAACGGGAUCAAAUCUGUAUUCUGCAUUGUGUGUAUGAAGCUGUUGUUUUGAAGGGAGAAGGUACCUGCUCCUAUUAUGUAAUGAUGUUUUCAGUCACCUUUACUCACAGUUUGGUAUCAGCUCAGUUUCCUGAGCUGAAACACAACAAAACACUCCACACUUGUAUUAAAAAAGCUUCACUGAAUGGUCACAGGUUAAGUCUUCCCUACAGUCUCUCCAUCAACACAUUUAAUGGAUUUGCUGAAGAUUGUUUUGGCAGGAAUUUGACAUCCUACAUCUGCUCGCUCAUUCAGUUUGGAAAAGUGCUUCAGGUGAAUUGUGAAAAUAGAAAAACACAGUUGACAACUCAGCAAAUCCAUCCAUCUCCCUGUCUGUUUACUAGCGACUGUGAGACAUACAGUACAGUUAAUACCUUUCAAAGUAUUACUCUGAGAAAACCUGCACAGACGUUACUGUACAGCAACUCAACUGUGGCUUCUGAUAUAGACACAUUUCAUAGUUACAGCAGAGAAAAUGAAGGUCUUAAUGGUUUGUGUGUGUAGACGCAUGCAUGUGCUUAUCUGUGCAGUUUAUGUUUCUUUUUCUUUUUACGAUGUGCCCUGUGUCUGAUCUGCUAACAUGUACAAUAUUUUCAGUGUGAUGAAAUGUAUUUCACCAGCUGCUUGGCUACUUAUGGAAGAGGAUUAGUGCAGACUCAAAUAGAGACUGAAGUCAGAAUUGUGAGCAAAAUGCAGAAUUCUAAAAUAAAAUCCCAGCCUCCAGAUUUAUCCUCACAUCUGAGAUUAAACUCAGGAUUCAGACUUGGUUUUCAUAAUUCUGUCUUUUCUCAGCUGUUUCUGGUGCCCUAAAUCUCUCCUUUAAGUACUUAAACAAAAACUGGAAUAAAAUGUCUCUAUUGUU